CAAGACUGGCACCGACUUGCGUCAGUACGCCAGGCAAAUCGAGAAGGAGCUCAAAGAGGUCGAGAACAAGUCGAUCCAAGAUUACAUCAAGGAAGCGAGAACAUAGCCAGUUUUGCAUAAUCAGAUUGCCGCUUGCGACAAUAUCCUGGAGAAAAUGGAGUCAAUGCUGAUGAAUUUUCAGUCAGCACUGGGAAAUAUCAGUUCCGAGAUACUCAGUUUGCAGCGUAAGUCUGUUUCUAUGAGCCAGCAACUGUCUAAUAGGCAAAUAAUACGAGGGCCGCUUAGCCAAUUUAUUGAGGAUAUGACAGUAUCUGAGGCUCUGAUUGAUGGUAUUAUGGACUGUCCAGUGACAGAUAAGGAAUUUCUGAUUCAGCUGCAAAUUCUGAAUCAUAAAAUCAAUUUUGUGAAGGAACAAAGCUUCAAGGAGGCCAAGUCUUGCUUGGAUGUGAAAGAUAUACUAGAGAAGCUAAAGGUGAAGGCGAUGGCAAAAAUCAGGACAUACUUAUUAGAGCAAAUUUAUAAAUUUAGAAAGCCAAUGUCAAAUUAUCAAGUGCCACAGAACAAUAUGUUGAAGUACAAAUUCUUCUUUGAGUUUAUCUUAGCGAAUGAGAGAAAUGUGGCUGAGGAGAUCUGUGGGGAGUACAUUGACACUAUGAGUAAAAUAUAUUAUUCAUAUUUCAAGUCAUAUUCGUCGAGAUUGAUGAAAUUGCAGUUUGAAGAGAGAACGUCGAAGGAUGAUUUAAUGGGAGUUGAAGACACAGCAGGUAGAAGCAGUAUAUUUCAUAAAACGACGUUAAAGCACAAAGGUACUGUGUUUUCUAUAGACACAAGAGGUCAAGUUUUGUCUUCUCAAUUUGAAGAAUCUAUACUUGUCCCACAUACUGCCUCUAAAACGCGGUAUCAUUACGAAGCCCUAUUUAGAAGUGAACAAUAUGCUGUGGCUGAUAAUGGCUGUAGAGAAUAUCUGUUUCUAAUAGAAUUUUUCAAAGUUCGCAAUGCACAGGCGUUAGAUAUUUUCAAUCAGAUUAUGGGAAAAACAUUGAGUCUUUUGAUAAAAAAUUUACAAUCGUUUGUUGAAGAUUGUUAUGAUACAAUUGCUCUAUUUCUCUGCUUACAUUUAGUGAUGCGUUAUCAAUUGCUAUGUCACAAAAGAGCUGUACCAGCAUUGGAUAAAUACUGGGACACUUUGAGGUCUAUAAUUUGGCCUAGGUUUGAAUUUGUGUUUCAAUUAAAUAUAAACAGUGUAAAGGAUUGCGAUCCAUCGAAAUUCAACAAGGAGACUGGUCCGCAUUAUAUUACUAGAAGAUACGCGGAAUUUAGCGCAGCAAUUGUAAGUGUAGUUGAAGGAUUUCCUUGCGAAGGGACAACUCAGUUAUUGGCAGAAUUAAGAGAAGCUGUACAAUGCUUCCUGCUGAGAAUGGCAUCUAUUUUUCCGACUCGGACACAGCAAUUAGUAUUUCUUAUCAAUAAUUACGAUUUAGUACUUAGGGUAUUAAUGGAAAGGACGCGAGAGACCUCGAAAGAAGCCGAGAGCUUUCGAGAACUGUUAAAUGCCCGUUCCUCUGAAUUUGUCGAAGAAAUCCUGAGCCCGCACUUUGGUAGUAUAAUUCAGUUAGUGAAAGAAUCGGAAACUCUGAUUGAAAAGGGCCAGGCCGAUGAUUUGAAACGGCAGGAGGGUAAAGCAUUGGUCCUAGUGCAAUCUUUCACAAAUAAUUGGAAGCGAGCGUUAGAAGAGAUAAAUCGAGAGGUAUUACAGUCGUUUCCCAGCCUGGUGCUCGGCAGUUCGUUAGUGCAGUGCGCGAUGACACAGUUGGUGCAAUAUUACAAUCGUCUCCACAAGAUCUUGCCACAGAAUGCGCGCACACAACUUACAAAUAUCCAUCAUAUAAUGGUAGAAAUUAAGAAAUAUAAGACUAAUUAUUAGAUAAUUUUCCAGAAUAGUUGAUUAGUCGAAUCAAAAUAGUGGUAGAUUGAUUAUUUCUUAUAAGAGAAUCACAGUUUUUACAUCUUGACUUAACUAUAAUUCGAGAAGUGCAAAGUCAUCACUUUUUUGUCACCGGCUUAGACAAAAUGGAAGCUAAACAAAAAGUCACUCUUGUUUGAAGGAAAUUUAUUAGAAUGUAUUAAGAUUAAUAUAUAGACAACCAAACUGGUAACGUUACUUAUGUUUACUAAAUGUAUCUAGUAUUGUACAUAUAGAAAUCAAGCGAAUAAGAAAUCAAUAAUUUCAUAUUCUAGCGAUUAUGAUUAUUUAAUAAAUAAAGAUGUAAAAAUUUCGUUAUUAAAUAGGAAUAUCGUUUAGGAAUGUCAGGGAACAUUUUUGUAAAUACAAUCGUAAAGAUAUACAUUCUGUACAUUUAUUUAUAAAAAGAUGUGAGCUAUGAACUAAAGUAUGGUAUUGCAUUACCAUGCUAUACAAUAGCGAUUAAUAUUCCGUACUCUUGUGUGCGCGUGACACGAGUAUACGAAUCUCCGAUACUGCUUAUCUUAUAUAAAUUAAUAUUACACAUGUACGUUAAAAAUGGUCUCGUUACUUUUUCCUCCGAUUUCGCGACACCUAUGGCAUAACACAUCAAUUUUUUUGGUGACCAAAUCAAAUCGCGACACGGCGGAUAUUUAUACUACUCGGUUUGAUACAAUAAUAAUUGCCACGUCUUCGACCGCACUUACGCAAACAAUUUACAUUCGCUUAUCGAGGUCUUCAACUUUUCAGAGAAACUAUAGAUACAAAUAAGUUUACAAUGUUAUGAAUUAUUCGAAAUUAUCGUACAAUUAUCACCUGCAUGGUUGCAACUUGUACAUCAUCUGAAUCGUCAAUUUUUUCAUUCAUUAUGAACUGUAGUUUUAUAGAACACCGUCGAUAGCAUGUAAUACACCAUUCGUCGCUGGCACGUUAUGUGUUACAACGUGUGCUUCGUUCACUCGUACUCGUCCUAAAAUAAUAUAUUCUGUAUUAUCUGAAAGAUCUAUUUCGAUAUUGUUAUAUAAUAAAAGUUUUUUUUUUAGAAUUAGCUAUUAAAA